AUGGCACCUCAACAUCGUCCUGUUGCAAUUAUUGGUUCUGGACCUGCAGGUCAUACUGCUGCUAUUUAUCUUGCGCGUGCAAAAUUAAAUCCUAUUAUGUUUGAAGGUAUGAUGGCAAAUGGCUUUGCUCCAGGGGGUCAACUUACGACUACCACUGAUAUUGAAAACUUUCCCGGUUUCCCUAAGGGUAUUAUGGGUGGUGGAUUGAUGGAUUUGAUGCGUGAACAAUCUGAAAACUGUGGUACAACCAUUGAAACAGAAACGAUUACUAAACUCGAUUGUUCUUCUCGUCCUUUCAAGAUUUGGCGUGAAGGUUAUGAAGCUGAAGAAGAACCUACUGAUACUGCUGAUGCCGUUGUCAUUGCCACUGGUGCCUCUGCUAGACGUAUGCAUUUACCUGGUGAAGAUAAAUAUUGGCAAAGUGGUAUCUCUGCUUGUGCUGUCUGUGAUGGUGCUGUUCCCAUCUUUAGAGAUAAGCCUUUGGUUGUAAUUGGUGGUGGUGAUUCUGCUGCUGAAGAAGCUAUUUACCUUACAAAAUAUGGCUCAAAGGUUCACGUUCUUGUUCGUCGUGAUCAGCUUAGAGCAUCCAAAGUCAUGGCUGCACGUUUAUUAAACCAUCCUAAGAUUGAGGUACAUUUUAAUACAUCACCUACUGAAGCUAUUGGUGAUGGUUCACUUUUGACAGCUGUUGCUACAAUUAAUAAUAAGACAGGAGAAACUGGUAAGAUUGAUGCAUCUGGCUUAUUCUAUGCUAUUGGACAUGACCCUGCCAACAGUCUUGUUAAGGGUCAAGUUGAUUUGGAUGAAGAUGGAUAUAUUAAGACCGUUCCUGGUUCUUCUCUCACCAGUGUUCCUGGUCUCUUUGCUGCUGGUGAUGUUCAAGAUAAACGUUAUCGUCAAGCCAUUACUUCCGCAGGUUCCGGCUGUAUGGCUGCUCUUGAUGCUGAACGUUACUUAAGUGAACUUGAAGCUGAAAAUGGUGAGAAAUUAUGA